AUGACGUGGGAGGGAAUAGUGACAAAGGAGCACAGCAAGUGUAGACGCGACUUGGGCAUGUCGGAUCGCAUGGAGUCUCACAUACAACGGGUAGUGAUCCAAGAAACACAUAAAAUAGUGAUGAGGGACAUGAAACCGAGAGAAGACUACGAUUCCGUAGAAGACCCUCAAGCCCAAACUGGAUGGAUGCCCGAAUGGAUGGCACCGGUUGCGUUCGGCAACGUACCGACGGGAAUCACGCAUCCAACAACAGCGUGA